AUGUUCACUAGCAGUCAAUUUAUUGCCCUAUGCCUUGCCGUUGUGGCGCUUUCGAACGGCGUGUGCGCUGAGAAAGAGGCCGCUCAGACGUUCAGAAACCAUGACGUGAGUACGUACAGCAAUGCUGGACAGUAUGGAGCUGGACGGGGUGCCGGUGAUGACGGCGUCGGAGCUCGACUGGACGGAUGGGGUACCGGUUAUGGCGGCACCGGUACUGGAGAGGGCCGUGUCGGCGUGGAUAUUGCUGGUGUCAGGACUGAUGUUGGAGGCACUGCCAGUGUUGGUGGCGGUCCGAGCGGAGGUGCAAACGGUGAAGUCGGAGAACAUACUGCCAGUGUAGGUGGCACUGUGAAUGCUGAAAAAGCAGCAAUUGUCUCCUCUGGUGUGGGAAGAACCGCCGCCGGCACUGGCUGUAUCCGAACAGCGUCUCGUACAGACUAG